CGACCCUCGUCGACCGGAUCGACGACCACGCGCGCGUCCGCCGCCGCUAACUUCGACCGUUUAUCCCGGCGCCGAGAGUAACGGUCCGGUCCCGCGUCCACUGUCGCGACGCUGAGGUGCCUCGGGAUUAUUACUGGCGCCUGCGUCCGCGGAACACCUGGCGAACACUGGGACUGAUAACGGGCCUGCCAUCGGCACCGCGGAGGCCGCGAAUCGGACAGUGACUCUGUUUGCUCGGGAACACGCCGGUGGUCGAGCGUUGCUCAACUAAUCGUACGCGAAGGGAUGGUUCUGGAGAGGUGUGCGUCGGUCUGUGAUAUCUGUGCUGCGUCUGUACAUCGGCAAGUGCGUUGUUGACACUCUGUGGCAGGUUCCAGGGAUGCAGGACUUGUCCGGUGUACGGUAAUCACCUUGGAUAGCCUGUCCAGAUAGAACGAGAGAAAGAGGUGGUCGGCAGGUCGGGUGGCUAAUUUGAUGUAUCCGUCUCACCGUUACGAGGAUGAUGAUGAUGGACAUGGGCAUGUACGGAACCUACGGCAAGCCUGACUCAUACCCGAACUACGUGUGCACCGGCCAGGGGAAUCAUCAUCAUCAUCAGCCCGUGUCCGUCGGGGGACACGUGCCCGUCCCGCCUUCGCCGGAGCUAGCUCCGGCUCAUUACUUCCCUCAGACAGCGGUGUCCCCGUACUCCUCGUCUUCGUCGGAGAGCUUCCUCGCCGCGGAGUCCGCGGCGUCCUCCGGCACACCCCCGCAAGGAUUCUACUCGCCGUCGGCCGGUGUCCUGCACGAGGAUGGCACGACGACCGCGAUCAUCUCCUCGGAGAACGGCUUGAGCUACACGAACCUGGACUACGCGUCGUCGGCGGCGUACUCGAACCAGCCGCAACACACGAACGGCUCCCACGGAUCGGUCGAUCCUCACCAAAGCUACCAUGUCCAGCAGGCUACCUACAGGGACGAGCACCAUCACCAUCAUCAUCAUCAUCCGCCGCCGCCGUCUUCCGGCAGCAAUCUCCAUCAGAGCUCGAUGGUGCCCGGGCACACGAGGACGGAGCACGAGCUGCAUCAUCAGUCUUCUAGUCAUCACCACCACCAUCACCAUCACCACGAACCCGACUACCAGAUACCCGGGACCACGAACUAUCUCCAUCAGCUGCCUCCCACCGAAGAGUCCCUGCACUAUCACCCGCAAAUUCGGCAGAACGACUACUCUAGUCACUCCGGUGGCCACUACAAAGAGGAGAAUCCCGACCCGACCGGCGGGUACCACGUGCUGCAGCAGUCGGGACACCCGCAGCAUCAGCACGGGCAUCAUCAUCAGCAGCACGCACACGGGCAUCAUCCUCAGCAGCAGCAGCAACAGCAGCAGCAACCGCACGUGCCCACGUACAAGUGGAUGCAGGUGAAGAGGAACGUGCCCAAGCCCGUCGUAGCGAAGGCAAAUCCAAAUUUGGGAGACUUCAGUGGCAGCACGAUCGGUGGCAGCAGCGCGUCCACCUAUACCAACACGACGAACGGUCCCGUGAACUGCCUUACCGGCGGUCCGUUGGCCGGUAUCGCAGGCGGCUUCAAUAACACCGGCCGGACGAACUUCACGAACAAGCAACUCACCGAGCUCGAGAAGGAGUUCCACUUCAACAAGUACCUGACCAGAGCAAGGCGCAUCGAAAUCGCGUCCGCGCUGCACCUAAACGAGACGCAGGUGAAAAUUUGGUUUCAAAACAGGCGGAUGAAGCAGAAGAAGAGAAUGAAGGAAGGAUUGAUACCGACCGAGAACACCACGGUGGCGCAGCUGGGCGGCGCCAGGAGCAACAGCAAUUCGCCGACCAGCUCCUCGAGCCACGAGACCGGCAGCCUUGGUUUGUCGAAUUUUACCAGCGACAACAGCAGGGAAUCACCGCCCGCUUCCUCGAAAGAUUGACGCGUUCCUUGCUGCAGCAACGAACGAAUUUAUGGUUUAAGAUUCCACGACGAUUGGUGAAUCAAGAGAGAGAGAAAUGAACGACGACGAACCGUAUUUCAAAUCUCCCGCCGUUGCGAACGGUGGCUCGAAUCCUGCUAAACCGAAUGCUGCAGCAAAAUCAAUUGAAACGUUUAACCCUCAAGAUCCUGGAAAUUAAUUGUCAAAAUUACUCGACUGUAGAAUAGAAAUU